AUGACAAAUUUGGAAGAACUUAGUUUGUAUUUUAUUAGUGUACAUGGACCAAUUAUUGAUGGUGAUAAUUUGGAAAAUAAUAUCAUUAAUCAUAUGACACGAUUAAACAAAUUCACAUUUAACAUUUGUUCAGUUAUUUACCCUGAUCAACUGAUUAAUGUACCAUUGAACGAAGAUAUUAAAUAUUCAUUUCGAAACUUUCAAAAUAAUCAAAUUAUUUCAAGUGUUAAUUAUUUUUCACGAACAGAACUAUAUUGUCAUGUGUAUUCAUAUCCAUAUAUAUGGACAUUUUAUCAUAAUAUAGCAAAUAAUUUUCCUGGUGGAUUAUUUAAAUGUGUUCGUGAAAUAUCAUUAUAUGAUGAUCAUCCUUUCGAACAUGACUUUUUUCUUCGAAUUACUCAAUCGUUUCCAUUUGUUAGAAAAUUAACUAUAGAUAAUCAUGAACCACAACAUAAUAAUCAUCUUGAACAGCCAAUAAUUAAAUAUUCUCAUCUUGUUGAAAUUGAUCUUGUUAAAACUCAUGAAGAUUAUCUUGACGAAUUUUUAAACAAGGCAAAGAUAUGUUUACUAAAUGAUGUUCACCUUCGUGUACGUUAUGAUUCAUUAAAACAAGUAACCAACGAUUUUACAAGAGAGGAAACACGUAUUAAUUGUUCGAAAAUCAUUCGUCUUACAGUGUUUGGUAAGAUAGUAGAACGUUUAAAAUUACAAGAAUAUUUUUCUCAUGCAAAAAUCAAUUGA